CGCGUAUCAGUUCCGGUCAGGAAAUGACCUUCGGAAAACAAUGUUUGGAAGCUGAAAUGAAAGGUGGUUGCUUGUGACGAAGCUUCCUGUUAUACGUUUGAAUAAAGAAAUGAGAAUUAUAUAUUUCUUUUUCUGCUACAAAAAGACAUAACUGACAGAUGCUCAUUAUAAUUUGGGUAUCUGUUGUUUGGAAAAGCUAAUGUUUUCGAACAUUUGACACUUGCUCUGGACGAAGACGUCAGAGUUUUGUGAUGAAUACGUGGCGCAAGUGUUCAAAGAUUAGUUCCCACGUAGCAUUCCGGGCGCGUUAACUGCAGUAUCCUGUAAAGGUGUUGUGUCAUGUGUGGAAAGGACCUCAAAAUUGGAGCAAUGAAGGCCCUUAUUUUAGUUGGUGGCUAUGGCACACGUCUUCGCCCUUUGACUCUAAGCCGUCCAAAACCACUUGUUGAAUUUGCCAAUAAACCAAUGCUUCUUCAUCAGAUAGAAGCUCUGGUGGAGGCUGGAGUAUCAGAGAUAGUACUGGCUGUCUCUUAUCGUGCAGAACAAAUGGAACAAGAACUUAGUGAAGAAGCUAAAAAACUGGGAGUGAGUUUGAUUUUUAGCCAUGAAACAGAACCUCUGGGAACUGCAGGGCCACUGGCAUUAGCCAGGGAUAUUCUUGCAGCUAGUGACGAACCAUUUUUUGUACUAAAUUCUGAUAUUAUUUGUGAAUUCCCUUUUAAAGAGCUGGCAAAUUUUCAUCGUAACCAUGGAAAGGAAGGUACCAUAGUUGUUACAAAAGUGGAGGAACCUUCCAAAUACGGUGUAGUUGUUUAUGGGGAUCAAGGACGUAUUAACAGCUUUAUAGAAAAACCUCAAGAAUUUGUUUCAAACAAAAUUAAUGCUGGAAUGUACAUUUUUAAUCCUUCUGUCUUAAAAAGAAUCCAAUUGCAACCUACAAGCAUAGAAAAAGAGGUUUUUCCUGGAAUGGCUACAGAAGGACAGCUUUAUGCAAUGGAAUUACAAGGUUUUUGGAUGGAUGUUGGACAGCCACGUGAUUUCUUGACAGGCAUGUGCCUCUACUUAUCAUCUUUGAGACAGAAGAGUCCAGGUUUGCUUUAUUCAGGAUCUGGAGUAGUGGGCAAUGUUCUCAUUGAUCCCACAGCGAGCAUCGGCCAAGGAUGCCGAAUUGGACCGAAUGUGACUAUUGGACCAGGAGUGGUAAUUGAGAACGGAGUUUGUGUGAAACGGAGUACUAUUCUAAGAGGAGCAACAGUCAAAUCACAUUCUUGGCUGGAUGGUUGUAUUGUUGGAUGGCGAAGUGUAGUUGGACAGUGGGUUCGUAUGGAAAAUACUACUGUGCUUGGAGAAGAUGUGAUUGUAAAAGAUGAGCUGUAUGUGAAUGGUGGGCAAGUGUUGCCACACAAAUCUAUUGGCACAUCAGUACCAGAACCUCAAAUUAUUAUGUGAUGAGUUUCUGCUAUGACAACUUCAUUUUAGAUCAGUUUACUUGUGAAUGAUAUAUUUUGCUUAGUUUUAGGAUUAUACACAAUUGAGCACAUUCACUUGAAAAGAUGAUUGCAACAAUUUAUUAUUUUUAUUGAAAUAUAUUUCAAGUCAUUUAUAUUGUGUGUUCAAUAACAAUUUUAUUUUAUUAUGGGCCAUUUGUUGUUAUUUUAUAUAUGUUUUAUGUAUCCUUUGUUUUUAAACCAGUCAGAUGACCAAAAAACUUACUAUUUUAUGUAUGUGAGAGAGUAUAUAAUUUUGCAUCAUAUUGCAAUAUCUGUUUGUGAAUGUGGAGAUAUUUCUCAAUAUCUUUUUACAGUAGUCUCUCCAAUCGGCAGUCAAUCAAUUGCUCUUCUUGUAAUGAAGACUUAAUAUUUGUAUAUACUAUUUCUGAUGCUUAAUUGAAUUCCUGUGAUGCAGUUCUAUUUUAAAUUAUUCUAAGAAACAUACAUUAAAUUUUUAUAUACAAAUGUAUUAAGUUAUUGAUGAUAUAUUUGAGUAUGAUAUGCUAUUUGAGGAUGUAGCAUAUAUUGUGUUCACAUGUGUAAUUCUACAUAGGUCAGGAAUUAUAAGGUUCGUUAACUCCAUUCAGGUUCCUGAUAAAUCAGUUUAAGUUUUUAGAUAUUUUUGUGAAAUAUUUUCAGAGAGUAAUUUGUCUCAACAAUAUCCCUCUUUUAAAAUAUCUCUGAACCCCUAAUGUUGUCUCGCAUUAAUGGAAACCUAAAGAACAUUGAUCUAUGUAUUGUUCAUAGUGUGCAGUCUCUUAAAUUUAUUGAUCAUAAAAUGUGUUUUAAUGAAUUGUUAAUUUAAGUCUUUAAAAAAUGUUUUUAUUUAUUUAUUGUCAGCAUUGUAAUUGAAACUGUGAUUUUUGGAGGGGCAAUUAUUGUAUUUUUGAAUACAAUACCUUUUAUUUUCUUGAAGUUUAUCUUUUUUCGUAUGUCUUCUCGUAUGCAAAAACUGUUACAGCAACUUGUUUAUGAUGUUGCUUCAUUGCGAUUGUACAAAUUUGAAAACUUGCUUCUAACUUUGCUUGUUUUCAAAACCUGAUCUUACCCAGUAAAGCAUAACAUUACGAACUCUUUGCAUAAUAUACUAUUAUUAUUACCCAUUAUUGUAUUUGAGUACACAACUUUCCAUUUCUGUGAAUAUACUUUUGUGUGUUCUUUUAAUCUUGUGAGGACCAGGAAGAAUGGUUUUCAUCCCAAGAAUGAAUUUUUGAAUUAAAACUGCAGCAAGUAUUAUUGUUUUCUAAUUAUAUUUUUGAAAUAUGUAAUUUACUUACCAGUUUCUUAUUUUACGAUUAAGAGAACUCUCUGUCUUCAGGUUUGUUAUUUAAAUUAAUUAUAGUGAAGAAAAUGAAUGACAAAAAACUCAGCCAGUAAUUUUGUUUUAAGCUUUUGAUAUGAGGAUAAAGAAUAGAAAUGUAAAAAUUAUUAAGAAACGAUUUGAAUUUUGUGUGUAACAAUCACAGUAAACGAAUAUUAUUUUUGCAAUGAAGCGGAAGCUACUGUAUAAAUACUGGUGUAGUGUGCAAUUUUUUUGUUUAACAAUUUGUUUUAAUGACAACUAUACAAGUUUCAGUAGUCUUGAUUAUUGAACAAAGAUUGUUAUUUAAAAUUUCCAAUAUUUAUUGCAUUUAUAUUGUUUACUUUGGCAGGUUCAUUAAUUAUUUUAUGUUUAUGAUUAAAAUGCAUUCAUCUAUAGUUAUUAGAAUCAACUUGAUUCAUGAUAAAUCAUUGUUGUUUGUAUUAAACAUAUUGGAAUUUAAUUAAAUAUUCCUAGAAGUAGAAAACCAUUAAAUUUUGAAAAUGUGUAAUGUUUCAAAGUACCUCUCCUUGUUUUUUAUGUAUGUUGUAUUAUUUACCCAGAUCUCAAAGGCUAAGAAUGAUGUGAAAUUAAUUUCAAACGUAGUGGCUGCAGGGGCUAAAGAUUCAGUAAUGCCUCAUCAGUAGCAUUCAUUAUGAGUCAUGUUGUGCCUGUUCUGAAGAAAAUUAAUCUUCUUUCUGACAGAAGUCUUAAAUUAUCACCAGAGUAUGAAUGCAUAGCAUAAAAAAUUAAGUUAAAUUUUCAUAUUUUAUUGCAAAUACAGAAUGCGUUUUGAAGUUGGAUGUAAAAGUCUGAACUAAAAUUCAAUACCAAUCUUGUUAUAUAGGAUCAAAAUUUGUGUGUUCAAUGUAUGCAAGUUUUUAACUUACAAGUUCAAAAAAUUAUAUAUAUUAUCAACUGUAAAGUUUCAAUUUUAUUUUCAUGAAUUCAUAAUCACAUAUACACCAAAUAGUUUUCUUUCUGGUAAAAUGUUGGAAAUUAACAUUUGAAUCAAGUUUUGAACAGGAGUUCUAAGUGUGUUUCAGUGUUUUGUAAUACUGAAAAUUGAAUGGUCAAAUUACCCAAACAUAAAGAGAUGUUUGAUUAUGCAUGAACAUGAUGGCAUAGGAAGUGGGAAGAUGAAGUAUAGUUUAAGACUAUGUUUUUAAAACCUUUAUGAAUUGUGCUGACUGUUCAAUUACAUAUUCUAAGAUGCCAUCUCAUGUAAUUAAGCAAAGGUUUGGAUUUGCAUAUUGAAGUACAGAGAGGUUAGGAAACUGCUGCAAAAUGUGAUAACUCUUCCAUUUUAAAUAGAAACAUGCAACAAUUACUCUUGCUACAAAUUCCUGUAACUCAUAAGUGCAAUUAUAUGAAUCACUUAUUUGCAGGGGAGAAACUGUGUUGUUAUAAAAGGAUUUGUUUGGUGAAUGCUGCCAUUUGCGAUGUUAUUGAGGCAGGUUAAACAUGUCAGAGGGAAACUUUAAGUUUAGAAAGUGCACAUUUGUACUGCACGAAUUGUGUUCUUUUUUGGAUAUGAAACUUUCUGUUCGCAAUCUUUAAUCUCUAUUUAUACUGCCUAAUAGUAAGGUUAGUUUUUAAUUUCUAAAUUACUAUUGCUCUUGUCAAUAAAUAAUUUUCAGAAUUGGACUUCAA